AUGCAUUUCGUCCGCACCACCCUUCAAAUUCCGCUGGGCGACUGCCACUGUCGGAUAGACGCGGACAUCGUACGGGCAUGGCUUAGCAAAUCUCCUUUUCAUUGGAAAACUUUUGUCGCCAACCGGGUCGCGGCAAUUCAGACGGCACUCCCCGAGGUGGUUUGGCGUCAUGUGAACACUCACGACAAUCCUGCGGACUGCGCGUCGCGCGGUCUUGCUCCCGACGAGAUUCAGCUACAUCCGUUAUGGUGGACCGGCCCGUCGUGGCUGAAAGAAUCACCCGAGUUCUGGCCCGUUCGCGAUCUCCCAGCCGCUCAUGAUGCUACGGACGGCAUUCCAGAAGCACGACCUCAACCAGUCGUGUGCGUUCUAAGCCCCUCGGAACCGUGGGAUCUCGCUUCUCGGUUCUCAUCUUGGCCGAAACUUUUACGAGUUACCGCGUAUAUGCUUCGCUUCGUCAGGCGGGCACGCAUCCGCAACCAGUCUCGCGAGGCCGAGGCAGCACGCGACCUUCGCCCCCCACUCUUUCGCACCGACGACAUUCAGGACGCAAAGCGUUAUUGGCUGCGAUCAAUGCAGAACGAUACGUUUCGCGACGAAAUUGCGAGCCUCAGAAACAAAACUGCGCUGCCGAAAGCCAGCCCGCUUAGAUCCUUGCAUCCGCACAUUGACUCUGACGGCCUGCUCCGCGUCGGCGGCCGGCUCCAAAAGUCUAACCUCCCAGAAACAAUGAAGCAUCCCAUCGUCCUUCGAUCACAUCCGCUUUUAACUCUCAUCAUCGAGCACCACCACCUCCGCACAAUGCACGGGGGUUCCCAACUCACUCUCGCGUCCUUACGCACGGAAUUUUGGAUACUGCGUGCUUGCGCUACGGUUCGAUUCGUUCUACACAAGUGUGUCCGAUGCGCCCGCGCAGCGGCCAAAGUGUCAAACGAACUCAUGGGUGAGCUACCGGAGAUGCGAGUAAAUCGGGUCUCAGGGGCUUUUCUGCAUACGGGUGUCGAUUACGCAGGGCCCAUCGCCAUACGGACAGCCCCCGGUCGCGGUCAGAAAUCUCAUAAGGCGUACAUUGCAUUGUUUAUAUGUUUGACAACCAAGGCCAUACAUCUCGAACUUGUCAGCGACUACACCGCAGCGACGUUCACCGCAGCGUACCAUCGAUUUGUAUCGCGUCGAGGCUUGCCUCAGCACAUGUAUUCCGACAACGGAACGACGUUUCACGGCGCCGAUCGGCAGUUAUCCGACGCCUACUAUAAAGCCGUUCGCGAACCGAACUUCCUCAAUCGCUUCGCUAGCGAAAAAACGACCUGGCAUUUCCUGCCUCCGGCCGCGCCACAUUUUGGCGGUCUCUGGGAGGCUGGUGUCAAAAGUGUCAAACACCACCUAAAGCGAUGCAUCGGGUCUCAUACACUUACCUAUGAAGAAAUGACAACGAUCCUCUGCCGCAUCGAGGCAUGCCUAAAUUCGCGACCUCUCGCCGCUAUCUCCGAACAUCUCGACGACUAUCAAGCGUUGACCCCCGGUCAUUUUUUAGUAGGCGCUUCCCUUGUGGCUUCGCCCGAGCCUAGCGUGCUUGACAUUAACGAAAACCGACUGUCUCGGUGGCAGUUGGCUCAGCGAAUUACCGAAGGUUUUUGGAAGUCUUGGUCGCACGAUUACUUGCACACCCUUCAGCAAAGGCCGAAAUGGCGCGCCGUUCAGCGAUUAGCCACACUGGGUCAAAUCGUCCUCAUUCGCAACCCGCUCGCGCCGCCGAGCCAAUGGGAACUCGGGCGCAUAACCGUGUGUCAUCCAGGCGAAGACGGUUUGACCCGAGUCGUCACCGUGAGGACGAGUCGGUCGGAGUACAAGCGCCCCACAACUAAACUGUGCUUCCUCCCGGUGGACAUCAACAACGAACAGCCCAUAGAUUCCGCCAUGGCGGGCGGCACCACUCAUUAA